UGGCCGUCUCCACAUCUUUCAUCCUGGGUUCUAUAGUGUUUGCGGUUUUACUGGCAUGCUACCUCAGAUCAAGGCAAACUUCCCGGCCACCUCGCGUCGAGGUGGAAACCAUGGAAGCUGUGCCAAUGACUGUGAGGACCAGUACCAAAGAGGAAGACAUGGGAACCUAACCACAUGACCUUUGAAACUCAGGGGAGCCUGCCUAGCUACGUCUGAAGUGAAGAAGCCAGCUCUGUGUUAGCUAAGGAGUCCCUGCAUAAGGCACAAGGAGCUGGACACCAGGGAAAGCCUACUGUGAUAAUCCAAGGUCCUUGGUGUGAUCCUACUGGCUAUGCCUGGACACCCCCCAUAUACACACCUGGGUUCUCCACCACCUGGAAGGCCACUACCCUUCCAUCUGGCCUCAGGACAGAGGUCACUUCCCAAAGUGCAAGUAGGUAGAGCUCUCCUGGGAGAGUCUCAUCCUCUCCAUCAAGGCCUCUAACUUCACUCUAGAGAAUAGCAGUGAGCCUGAGGCUCCUGCUUCACUCUACAGCUCCUACUGGCACAGAAGAGGUCUAUAGAGAAGACAACAGUACUUGAGCUCUAGAGACUUGGCUCUAGGCAGCCAAGAAAGGCAGAAGAGAUGCUGAGCCAAUGAAUCCUUCUGUUUAAGGAUUCAGGACACACACAACUGAACUCAGUGACCUUUUACACAUAUAUGCAUUUAUAUUUAUACUUAUUUGUCUAUCAUAUCUAUACAGUGUAUAUGAUUUA